ACAACACCUCCGCCUUCCUUCUCCACCCAGCCAUUGCUCACUUCCUCAGUGCUCACGCACACAAGGCAUCUCAAGCCUCAAGCACGCUAUCAUGGAGUCCUCGCCGCCGAACUCGCCGCCGUCGCUGCGCCACAAGCUGCGGACAACCGUGUGCGGCUGCUUCGGAUCGCCGGCCUCACCAGGGAGCGGCGGGGAGAGGCCGCAAAGUGGCGGCAGGGCCAGGUGGAGGAGGCGUGUGGCGGCCACGGGGGAGUUCAGGUACGACCCGCUCAGCUACGCGCUCAACUUCGACGACGGCGGCAGCGACGACGGCGACGCCGACGCGGAGGACGCCGCCUUCCGGCACCGGAACUUCAGCUCGCGCCUCCCGCCCUCGCCGGUGCCGGCCUCCCGAGCCGUCGCCAUCGCUUGAACUGCAUCGUAGCAGCAUAGGAGCCGUCCUCUGCUUCUGUAACUUUUGUCUCUCUGAUUUUUUUUCUUCUUCUUCUCUAAGCUAGAUUGAAUUAACUCUGUAAAAGCAGCUUAUACGGCCGUGCAGAUCGUGGCGAUGUAGUAGUGGCAGUGUACCAGUAGCAACAUGUAUACAUAUAGAAAUCAAUCAAUCAAUCAAUUUUAAUA